AUGGAUUCAAGAGUGACUAAACGACUAAAAGUAUUUGACGAGUCUGCAAAUACUGUCGUCAAUAAUGAUAAUCUUGGCUCAGACACAACUGCGCUUGACUCGAUGCAUUUAGACAAGCAUGGUUCAGUUGGUUCAGCUAGUCGUGAUCUUGCUGCAAACAAUCAGCCGUAUAUCCAAAAAGAAUCGGAUUUUGGUAUUUUGGAAUAUGUCAAUCCACAUAUUAAAGCAUUUACUGGCAUUUUAAAAUACAGAUCUGGAGAUUUUCUUGUCAAUGAGGUCGAUCUUGAUGGACAAAUUAUUCGAUACAAGCCAGGAUCUGUCAAUGAAUUCACCAAUUCAAAGUCAAAGUCAACCCCAGAACUGGAGCCGAAACCGGAACUGGAACAAGAUCCAAAGUCAACCCCAAUUCCAGAGCCAGAGCCAGAACCAAUCCCAAACCCAGAGUUAGAGACUAUAAUAGCACCAACAGAAACCGUGACAAACGAACAGACCAAGCCAGAAACUGAAAAAGGAUUUGAAAAGCUAGUCGAACAGCUGGCUGGAGAUAUCGAAACAAUCAAUAGCAUCAAGCGUAUGCUAGAAUUUACCGAAUUGACCCAUGUAACGAGCAAGCCCAUUGCCGAAAAAUCUACACGAACAGGUAUCCACGAUACGGUUCGUCUGUAUUUCGGGACACAGCUGUCCACCACUACAAAAAAUGGAACAAUCGAGUUCCAGAAACUGAAACGAGGCAUAAACAAGAAACGUCCAUCCAAACCUGUAUCCAGUAAAGUCGACUUUAAUGAUUUGGGCGGAAAUUACUGCCAUUUUACACUAUACAAGGAAAACAUUGAUACCAUGCAAGCCAUUGCUAAAAUAUCCAAGUCUAUUAGAGUACCGUCCAAACAGUUUACAUUUAGCGGCACAAAAGAUAAACGAGCCAUCACAACUCAAAGAAUAUCUGUCCUGAAUGUCAGGCCAUCGGUUCUUCUUGGUGUCAACAAGCUUUUAGGCACGUCUCGUAUUGGCGAUCUCUCAUACCACAACACACGACUGAUGCUUGGAUCACUAUCAGGAAACCACUUUUCGAUUGUGCUGCGUAACGUUGAAGCACAGUCAGAUCAAGUCAUACACCAGUCCAUGCAAUCGUUUAAACAAAAUGGAUUUAUUAACUACUAUGGCAUGCAGCGCUUUGGAACGCGUUCGGUCUCUACACAUUCUGUCGGAAUUGCUUUGCUGGCUGAAAAAUGGGAACAGGCCAUUGAUCUGAUCAUGUGUCCCAAGGCAGAAGAUAGCGCGGAUGUUCUUCAAGCCCGACUGUUUUGGAAACAAACACAAGAUGCAGAAAAGGCUGUCGAGCUGUUCCAUGCACGCAAUCUGGCGGAGCGAUGUAUUUUAUUUUCAUUUGUAAACUCCAAGUGUAACACUGCCUAUUUAUCAGCAGUUCAAGCGAUACCACGCAACUUGCGAUUGAUGUAUGUACAUGCAUAUCAAAGCUAUGUUUGGAACCAUAUGGCAACAGAACGCAUCAAACUGUAUGGUCUCAAGCCGGUUGUUGGAGAUCUCGUCAUUCCAAACAAAGCGACGGUUGAGCCUAGGCUGAAUACGACACAUGUAAAUGAUCCCGAUAUUGCUCGUGAUACGAUUCAACCCAUAUACAUUACAUCCGAAGAUGAUGCUGCCAACUAUACAAUGCAAGACGUGGUUCUGCCACAACCUGGACAUUGUGUUGUGUAUCCCAAACACAAGGUUGCGCAAAAGUAUAUCGAGUUUAUGGCCGUAGAUGGAUUCGACCCAUACAACAUGAAACGCAACAUCGCUGAUUUUAGUCUGUCUGGUGCAUAUCGCAAGGUGAUCAGCGUUGCCACCAAUGUAAACUGGCAUAUUCUUAAAUACAAUGAUGCCAAUGUACCGCUUGUUCAAACAGACCUCGACAUUGUCAACCAAACACCCAAGCCUCAGUCUGUUCCUGAUGGCAAGUAUACUUCGCUUGUGGUUGAAUUCACUCUGGGAUCGUCGCAAUAUGCCACCAUGGCAUUGAGAGAGGUCAUGAAAUCAGAAACCAAUUCAGGAUUUCACACUCGGCUCUCGUCUGAAAAGCAAAACAUACAGUCAAAAUGA